AUGAAGGACCGAACCGCCGACGCCCUAGAAGCCAUUCGUCGCUACCGGGGCAAGGGAUUGUCGAAAGACGACCCCGCUGUUCAGAGUGAAUACCAAUCGAUCCACGGCGCCCUUCUGAUUGAGCAGCAGUCCAAGACUUCCUUCAUGAAUGUUUUGGCCGGACGCGACCGCUCGGGGCAUUUGAGGCGUCUGCUUCUGGGUUGUGGUGGGCAAUUCAUGCAGCAAUUCGGUGGAAUCAACGCCCUCAACUACUACUUCACCAUCAUCCUGACCAAGAAUGUGGGGCUGAACGACCUGCUGGCCCGAAUCCUCACCGGAUGCAACGCCACAUCAUACAUGAUCUCUUCGGCAUGCUGCUUCUGGCUAAUUGACCGAUUCGGACGUCGCGUCCUGAUGAUCACAGGGUUGUCCCUUCAGAGUCUGGCCUAUAUCGUCGUUGCCAUUUCCAUUGGCCUGCUUCCCAAAGCUCCCUACGAGCUGGGUAUUGUUGCCGUCUCGUUCCUCUUCUUAUACUACGGGGCUUUCGGGUGUACCUGGGGCAUGGUGCCAUGGGUCUACCAGUCAGAGGUCAACUCAAUUGCCAUGAGAACCGUUGGUUCCGCGGCCGCAACCUCAUUCAACUGGCUCUUCGGAUUUGUCUGCACUCAGUUUACGCCCACUGGCAUUGAAAAUAUCGGCUACCGUUUCUACAUCAUCUUCGCUGUUUUCAACCUCGUUUUCAUCUUUGUUGUGUACUUCCUGUACCCUGAGACGGCCAAUCGUACCCUUGAAGACCUGGACGCCUACUUCGACAAGGACGCGGGCCACGGCAUCAUUAUUCCCAUUGGGGACAAGGUAACCAAGUCUGCGAAGCGACCUCAGGAGGCUAUCGACGCCGAAGCUUCUCGUAUCGCUAUGGCUGAGAACCGAGAUUCAAAGACGAAGCUCGCGGCAGAGGUCGAACACCAGGAGGAUGUGACCCGGGCUGUCUAG